AUGUAUCCGUAUAAAGGAAAUGGGAUGGAGGCUGGCAAGGGAGAGGUACUCCUUCUUCUUGAAAAGACUAAUUCUGAUUGGUGGAAGGCACAGAGGGACAACGGUCAGCACGGCUACCUGCCAGCCAAUUACGUUAAAGAGAUCGAACCCAAGGUCAUUAAAAAGGUAAUCCGCCAGCCAAUCAAAGAAAAGGUGAAGGUCAUGGUGACGAAGACAGGCAUGAAGAAAGAAGUGGAUCGCCGACGUAACUUGGAGGGCGCCAUUUUGUUUUUCAAAUUUUGGCGGGAAUGUGACAGCUUUGAAGACUGGAUGAAUGAGAAGGAACAAGUCUUAACAGCUAAAGAAAGCUUGUCCGAGAACAUGGAAGCAAUCAAGAAAAAAUAUGAGUCAAUUAACAUUCGAAAUUCUCACGAAAUCAGCACUCGUAUAAAAGGAACCAGCAGCAACAUCUUCAACGCGGUAAAACUCUUUAACAUUAUAACAUCCUCUAUGACAUCCUCUAUGACAUCCUCUAUGACAUCCUCUAUGACAUCCUCUAUGACAUCCUCUAUGACAUCCUCUAUGACAUUUUCUAAGUUAUUCGAGUUAUUUACUAAAAAGCACAAAAAUUCACUAAUAACAAUUGACCGAUCCGCCAUGUUGUUUGCGUGCCUUCUGAUAACUGACAUGGCGGCUAACGGUCACAUGAUCGAUGACAUCAACAAGAUGGCCGAUGAGAUGGUGAAAUCGAACCAUCUGAGGAAGGAACAAAUGGAACAAACUGAACAACUUGAAGAAGCAGAAAGAAAAAUCUCUUGCUGGUGCAUCUGGGUUGGUGAUGAAAAUGAUGAAGAUGGAAUCGAACUCUUCCAAAAACUGUGCGACGAACUGAAGGAAUGGAUGUCAGAGAAGAACAACUCCAUUGUCAACCCUGAAGAAGUUGGCAAAGACCUCAAAUCCAUCCAGCUACUCCAGAGGAGGCACCAGGGACUUCUCCAAGAGUUGAAACCUCUAGGGGACAAGAUUAACACCCUGGGGCUUAUUGCCCAAGACGUUCGCAAAUCGCACCCCGAUGAGACCCCACACGUCAAUGAGAGGGAGGGGGAGAUAAACAGUUUGUGGAAGGCACUGCAGGACAAAGCAAACAAACACAAAAAGUUGCUGGACGACAUGGAGCAGUUGUACAAAUUCAAGGGAGAUGCUAAGGAUUUGGAGACAAAGAUGAGUGAAUUGAAGAUGAAACUGAAGGAGAAGGAAGUGCCACACACGGUUGCAGAGGCUGAUGACCUUCUAAAGAAGCAUCACGACCUCAAAGACGAUGUCAAUAAUAACAGGCAGAAACUGAACAAACUGAUGGAAUUAGCGCGGGAAAUUCUGAACAAAGAUCCUGAAAACAGGGAGGUGGUGGACAGGAUGAAGUGGCUACAGUUGGAGCAGGAUGAACUGGAGGAGUUGUGGAAGAGGAAGAACAAGGGGCUCAACGAUGCUAAAGACUUCCAGGCUCGUUUAACCUUCCUUCACGAUGCCAACCAGCUGGAAUCUCAGAUAGCCAACCAGAAGGCACUACUUGACCUCAGUUUGAAUGAGAGACACGUUGUGCACGGGCUAGCUACAGAAUAUUUACCGUGCAUGUUCACCAUAGAAACAUCUGCUUCGUGGCUGGCGGCGUUCGAGAUCGCCUGGUAUGGACCUCCUCCUCGCCUGGCUGACCUAGACAAUCCCGAAGCCCUGAGGAAGAGGCAGGAGCAGAUCGAGGAUGCUCUGAGAGCCCAGGAGGAAAAGUUGAAGAUGUUGGACGCUCUGGCCGAUAAGAUGAUCAAGGACGGCCAUCCAGAAGCUAAAAACAUCGAUGCCAAGAGGAAAUCCUUGCGCGAGAAACUGGAGCAAGCUAAGCAGAAGUUGGAGGAACAGAAGAGGAAGCUGGUGGGAUCAGAGAUGAUGCUGGAGUUUAAGAAGGAUGCCGAUGAGCUCUCUGAUUGGAUACAGACCAAGUACCUGAUCGCAUGUGACGAAUCCUACAAAGACCUCACCAACCUUCUACCAAAACUUCAAAAACACCAAGCCCUCGAGGCAGAGGUCAAGGCCAACAAAGGUCGACUAGAUGAUCUCGUAGAUAAGGGAGAGGGCAUGAUCAGCGGGGGCCACUACGCUGCUCCGGAGGUCAAGAAAACCCUUGUCAAGGUCAAAGCUGAUUGGAUCAAGCUGGAUGAUAAGGUGAAGGACAAGGGCUUGAAGUUGAGGCAAGCUGCACAACAGGAGCUCUUUAAUAAGGCAUUGGAAGACGCCAAUCAGAAGCUGUCAGAGAUGGAGAGGUUGCUUGCAUCGCAGGAUCUUGGCAGAGACCUGAGGAGUGCCAAACAUCUGCUCUACAAACACCAGAUGUUAGAGAACGAGAUGAAAGUGAAUGCCGAGAACCUGAGAAGCAUCGUGGACCAGGGCAACCAACUGGCCAAAGAUGGACAUUUCGAUUCGAUGAGUAUUCUCAAAGCUGUUAAAGAUUUCGAUAAUCGCUUCAAAGCGCUACAGCAGCCAGUCGCUAAGCGUCGCCACCUUUUAGAAGAGUCGCUGAAGCAGCAUCAGUACAUUUUUGACGUGGAUUCUGAGCUGCAGUGGAUUCAAGAGCAUUUUCCGGCUGCUAGCUCAGUUGAUUUUGGAAGGACACUCAUCGAUGCGAUGAACUUGAACGCUAAGCACAAGAAACUUGACCUCGAGAUUCAAGGUCACCAGCCUCAAAUUGACAAAGUGGCCAAGGUAGGGGAGGGACUUGUUCGUGCCAACCACUUCGCCAGUAACGAUAUCAAGGCGAAAACAUCAGAACUCCUCUGCACGUGGCAGUCGUUGUUGGAUGCUGCUAAUUUAAGGAGGCGUGGCUUGGAGCUGUCGAUUAAUAAGCAUCAAGUGUGUAAGUACCUGUUAGAUGCAAACGACUUGCAGACCUGGAUAUCAGAAAAAAACAUCCUUCUAUCCAGUAAGGAUCUUGGGAAGGAUGAGAAUUCUGUGGAUAAGCUCAUCACUAAACAUAAGGCUUUGCAAUCAGAACUGACAGCUCAGAUGAAGUUACUAGGCGAUCUUGAGAAGAACUCGCAGGAGAUACAAAAAUCCGACCCCGCAUCCUCCAGAGAGAUCGCAACUAAACAGUCGACCUUGAACGAUCAAAUGCGACAAUUUGUGAAGAAAUCAUCUGAGAGGCUGGCCAACCUACUGGCUUCAAAGAGAGUUCUCGAAUUUAUGAGGGAGGGAGGUGAGUUGGAGGAGUGGAUGGAUGCCCAGAUGCUGGUUGUGACGUCAGAGGAGUAUGGUCAGGAUUACGAACACAUACAGGUGAUCUUGAACAAGUUCAAUGAGUUUCAGCUUGGAAUCGAAGCCGGGUCGAAGAGGUUUGUCAGAGUUGACAAGAUGGCGACAGAGCUCAUUGAGGAUAACAUUCCUAAUAAAGGGAUGGUAGUUGAGAAGCAGAAACAACUUAGAUCGCAAUGGCAGGACCUGCUGGAGCAGAUGGAGGCACGCAGUCAGAAGCUGCUCGGGGCCGGAGAGCUGCACCGAUUCAACAGAGACGUGGAGGAUGCCCUGACGAGGAUCCAGGAGAAGUAUGCCAGCAUCCCGGACGACCUGGGGAGAGAUCUCAAGACUGUGCAAGGCUACAUUAAGAAGCAUGAAACUUUUGAAAUUGAAUUGGUCGCUUUGGAUGCUCAGCUUCAAAUCCUUUUCGACGACUCGGAGCGACUGCAAGCGACGUAUCCGGGUGGGAAUGCGGAGCACAUCAAACACCAACAGGGAGUCGUCUGCGAGAACUGGGACAUCUUGAAGGAGAGGUCGGAACAAAGGAGGAUGAACCUGCAGGCACAACUCGAUCAUUACUGCCUACUCUCCGCUGCGCGCAACCUGAUAAGUUGGUCAGAGCAAUCCUUAUUGGACAUGCAAACCAGCAAGCCUCUCCCACUCAGCCAAUCAGUGAGCUCCGUAACGGAACAACUGAAGGAACACAUGCUGAUGAAAGCGGAAAUAGAAGCCCGGCAGGAAAGUUUCGAUGACGUCAUCAAUAAUGGGAACACCAUGAUCCAGAAUAAACAUUUUGCAUCUGAUGAUAUAAGAGAGAAGAUGAAAGAGUUGGAAAGGACGAGGAAGAAGCUGGAUGAGGUGUGGAGGCGGAAGAAGAAGAUGCUGGAUGACCAGCUGGAUCAACAGAUCUUCCUCAGGGAUGCUAACCAACUUGAAACCAUCACAAAUACCCAAGAGUUAUCCGGGCUGAAGGAAUUCGCUGAGAGGUUGUUGCAGGCAAGUCAUUUCGAUGCUUCCAACAUCAAAGAUACUCUUGAGAAUGCCGUUACUAGACGAGCCACCGUGAAAGAGUUAUGCUCUGAUCAGAGAUCGAAGCUGUCCGAUAAUCUUCUUUACGUUCAAUUUAACAGAGAUGUUAAUGAGGCGGAAGGAUGGAUCGAAGACAGACUGAAAGUCGUGAAGGAGGAAGACUUCACGAAUGUCAAGGACAUCCAUGACAAGUUGAAAAGUUUGAAGAAGCACCAAGCAUUCGAAGCAGAGAUCUUCGCCAACUCCGAGAAGAUCAAGUCCAUCAAGAAUUCCGGAGAAUCCCUGCUGAAGAAUCAUCACCCGAAAUCCUCGGAGAUCCAGUCGCGCGUGAACUCCCUGAUCAAAAAGUGGAACGACCUCCUGCAGGCCUCGAGCAACAGGGGCAGAGGUCUCGAAGAGGUCAAGGACAUACUCAAGUUCAACGAGGAGGCCGAGAAAGUCGAAGCCUGGAUCAGAGAGAAGGAAUUGUUGGUGUCUGCAUGUGACCUUGGCAGAGAUUACGAACAUUGCCUUGAUGUUCAGAAGAAAGUCAACGAUGUGAAGGGUGAUUAUGCCAAUGACGUCACGCAGGCCGCGGUGAUGUCAUCAGAUGAUUACGGGAAAGAUCUGGCGUCCAUCCAGGCUCUCAUCAGAAAACAGGAUGAAGUGGAGAAGGAUAUGACUGCCAUACUGCAGCAAAUCAAAAAAUUGGAUCAGACUUUCGAGGAGUUAUCCAAAAAGUAUCCGGACAUGCUGGAGGUGUCAAGUGGGAAGCUUGAGAAGGUGAAGGACAGUUGGAAGACCCUGGAGAAUCUUACUACUAAGCGAAAAAUGAGAUUAGAAGAGAUGUACCAACUCCAUAGAUUUGUAUCCGACGUCGAAGAACACGCAACAUGGAGUAAGAACCUGGUGAACAUGAUGAACAUUGGCGAACCGGCAACAACGGUUCAGGAAGCUGAACAACAACUUCAAUGCCAUCUGGAAAGGAAGACGGAAAUAGCAGGUCGCCACGACAACUACCAAUCCCUGAUGGAACGGGGGGCGAGGAUGACCUCAGAGAGACAUCCCUCCUCCAAGGACAUCCAACAAAAUGUCCAGAAACUAGAGAGGUCGUGGGCGCAGUUGAAUGAGGAAUGGAGUAGGAGGAAGAGGGUGCUGGCUCAGCUGCACGAUCUUCAGGUUUACGAAAGUUACGCCGACCAGGCUGACCAGUGGCUAGCCACCAAGGAGUCCUUCCUGGCCAAUGAAGAUUUGGGGCACUCUCUGUCCUCGGUGGAUGACCUCAUAAAAGGUCACCAGAGUUUUCAGACGACCCUGGAAGCCCAAUGUGAAAAGCUGGCGGGAGUGAUGAACAGAUGGGAAAAAGUGAAACAGCAGACGACCCUGAGACUUCAGAAGUUGAACGACUCCAAAGAUUACCAGCAGUUCCUAUUGGCCGUUCAUGAUGUUGGUGGUGGUGGUGGUGGUGGUGGUGGUGGUGGUGAUGACGAUGAUGAUUCUGAUGACGAUGAUGAUUCUGAUGACGGUGAUGAUUCUGAUGACGAUGAUGAUUCUGAUGACGGUGAUGAUUCUGAUGACGAUGAUGAUUCUGAUGACGGUGAUGAUUCUGAUGACGGUGAUGAUUCUGAUGACGGUGAUGAUUCUGAUGACGGUGAUGAUUCUGAUGAUGGUGAUGAUUCUGAUGACGAUGAUGCUCUAGGUUUCAAACGCCAGUGUGACGAGAUGGAUGGCUGGAUGGACGAAGUUGAAGGCCAGCUGUCGUCGGAGGACCACGGCAAAGAUGUCAUCAGUGUCCAGAACCUACUGAAGAAGCAUCAGAUUCUUCUGGAUAAGCAUACGGAACUGAAAAGCAAGUCAGCCGACCGGAAAUUCAAGUUGAAUGAUGCCGUCGAGUCCCAGACGUUCUACACGGAGUCCCAGGAAGCGGAUACAUGGAUGAAUGAGAAGAAGAUGAUUCUGGAGAGUAGGGAUUAUGGGAAGGAUGAAGAUUCCGUACAGAUCCUGUUGAAGAAAUUGGACUCCUUACUGUUGGACCUCGACAACUUCAACAACAACAUCGGAGAGUUGAGUGCCCUCUGUCAGGGACUCGUCAGUAGAGGCCACUUCGAUAGCCACAACAUCCGCGAGAAGCAAGCUACUACUGAGAAGAAGUACGGAGAUCUGCAAGACCUGGCCCAGAAGAGGAAGGCCAAACUGAUUGAGAGCAAACAACUUUUCGAGUUUGUUCGGGAGAGUGAUGACGUCACUGAGUGGAUGAAGGAGAAGGAGGCCUGCGAAGAGAAAAUAAACCACAUCAACAGUCUGGCCCGGAGUCUUCUCUCAGCCAAUCACAGCUCUGCCCCAUUUAUCGACCGGAAGUGUAAGGAUAUCAACCGGAUGUGGGCUGAGCUCAAAGACCUAUCUCAAAAUCGAAUGGAUUCGUUGGAGGGUGCGAAGAAGGUGCACAGUUUUGUGAGGGACGCGGACGACACAAUCGAGUGGAUGGAGGAGAAGGACUUGCUGGCUUCCUCGCAGGAGUAUGGCCAGGAUGUGCAGAGUGUCAAUGCUCUUAUCGUUAAGCAUAAGACGUUGGAGGCAAGACGCUGUUGUGGUGUGCAAGACUUAGCAGCCAUCAUGCAGCAAGUUGAGGAGAUAAAGAGUAACGCGGAGGAGUUGAUCCAGACGAUUCCGGAAGCCAAGGAUCACAUAAAUUCGAAACUGGAUGACCUCCGGGUCACCUGGUCAGAGUUGCAGGCCAAGGUCAGGACGAGGUUGGAGAGAUUGCACCAGAUGGAGGGUGUCCAGCUCUUCUUUGAUGAUUACAGGGCUUUGUGCGCAUGGUGCAACGAGAUGCAGGCUCGAAUGACGACCGACGAACUCGCUCUGGACGUAUCCGGCGCCGAAGCACUCGUACUUAGACACAAGGAGAACAAAGCGGAAAUAGACGCAAAGCUGAAGGACGUGUCAAAGUUCACACAGAGAGGCAAGGAGCUGAUCAGUGAGAAGAACUUUUUAGCAGCACAGAUCCAGGGCAAACUGGAGCAUGUGGACAGCUUGUUCACCUCAUUAUUGGAGACGUGGAACAAGAGGAAAGUUCUCUACGAUCAGAACCUUGACCUUGAGUUAUUUAAACGAGACAUGGACUUAUUGGACGUCUGGUUAAACCAGAAGAGGCCAGCCCUGCAUGGUGAUGAUGACGUCAAAAAUCUGGGUGACUCCAUUGAUAUUGUGGAGGCCCUCAUUCAAAAGCACGAUGACUUCGAGAAGAUGGUGCUUGCUCAAGAGGAUAGAUUCAAUGCUAUCAAGAGAUUUACACUGCUUGAAAAGGCAUUCGAAGACCAGAAGAAGCAAGAGGAGAAGAUGAGAAUGGAGGAGGAGAGAAAAAAGGAAAGAGAGAAGCAAGAAGAGAUGAAGAAGAGAGAACAAGAGAGAAUAUUAGAGGAGCGACGGAGAGGAGAGGAGCAGAGGAGAGUGCAGGAUAUCAGGAGGUUGAGAGAUGUUGAAGAUAGUGAGAGACAACAACAAGCCCACGAAGGCCAAAAACUGACCACCAACGAAGUGACCAGCCUCAUCACCAACACACCCAGCUUCGAGAAACAACAGCCUCAACAACAGCCAACUACGACUACAACAUCAUCGGCAGCAGCAGUGACAGCAACCACAACAGCUACAUCCACAAUUGGGUUGAAGCCUAGUGAAGCUUGGGGCGAUGAGGCCGCGAAGAAGAAAGUUACAAAGACUGAUUCACAGAAGAAAGAGAAGAGAAACAGGACUUUAAGUCUUAAAGCUAAGAAGCCACAACUCCACGAGUACCACGGUCCAACCUCUCCACCGCCCAUCGACAUGGAGGGCUACCUGGAAAGGAAGCACCAGUUUCAGAAGGGGCAUACGAAGGCCACCAUCAGGUCCUGGAAGACUUACUACACCGUGCUCUGCGGACAGUUGCUCUGCUUCUUUAAGGAUGAUAAGGAUUACCUCCAGCAAUUAGCCGCUUCUCCACCUCUGGCUAUUCAUGGCGCCAUGUGCGAAACUGCCCCUGAUUAUACGAGGAAGAAGAAUGUUCUUAGAUUAUCCUUGGUAGAUGGAUCUGAAUACUUGUUCAUGGCGCAAGAUCCGUUUGAAAUGGUCGAGUGGGUUAACAAGAUCAAGUUUCAUGCUGCUCUCCGUCCAGCCAUGCAGCUCUUACAGUACAACUCAGAAGUCGGCAACCAAAUUUUUUCACCUACUUCACCAACUGGUGACGCCAACCUUCUUGACGAAACUGACUCAGUUAGGCCAGUUAAAAAGCAGCAACAGCAGCCACAGCAGCUACAGGAACAUGAUGCAGAAUCAGAUACAGAAAUCGUCGUCGACAGAAUGAAGCAACAGCAGCAAAAACAGAAAUCGAAAAUCACAUCAACUACUUCAUCAUCGAAACAACUGACUACUGUUGUCGAGAGUAAAUCUUCAACAUCUCCCACAUUGUUGGCAACAUCUGCGAAUGUUGCCGAGUUGUUGAAGGUUAAUGGCUCUCAACAUUCUUACGGUUCUGGAGGUGGUGACUCCAGAAAGCUGAGUAUCGAGGGAGAAACUCCGCCCCUUCCAACUUCAGUCCCUCCCCCACAGUCGGCGCACAGCGGAAGUUAUCCCGCAUCCGAUAGCGGAUCCAGUGAUUUAGGAGGAGCUUCCGGCAAGCAGUACUACAAAGUUUUAUCAGAUUUUGAGCAGCCAGCCUCCAUUCUACCCCCUCAACAACGCCCCGUCUCUUCAUACGACACCCUCCCCCACCCUUCAGCAGCUUCCUCUCAGCAGACCUACCGUUCUUCCAUGCAGUUCGACACCACCACUACCAGGUCCUCUGCCACCCUUGAACCGGGGGAUAAAGGGCCGACCGGCACCAAAAGCAAGAAGCACAGUUUUUUCGGGGGGGUUUUUAAUAAGAGUAAAAAGGAGAAGAAGUGAUUGGCUGGUUUUAAUUAGUUGAUUUUCGAUUGGUUGGGUUUAAUAAGUUGAUUUUUGAUUGGCUGGUAGUUUGUUUUAUCUUUGAUUGACUGGUUGAUCGUAAAUAAUGGCGGUUGGUUGAUUGGCUGAUUGAUCGAUCGAUCGAUCAAUUGAUUGAUUGAUUAAUUGGUUGCU